AUGGGAGUUGUUCUGCUAGGCCUGAGCUUGAUGCUAUACUUUUGGAAGAGGGAGAAGAAUGAUUCAAAGGGGAGAACAGGAGGAAGUACUAGCAAAGACUUUGAGCUGCCAUUGUUCGACUUAUCUACAAUUUCAAAGGCCACCAAUAACUUUUCAAUCAACAAGAAGAUUGGACAAGGUGGAUAUGGGCUUGUUUUUAAGGGAACACUGAAAGACGGACAAGACAUUGCUGUGAAAAGGAUAUCGGAUUUCGGCCUGGCUAGAAGUUUUGGAGGGAAUGAGACUGAAGCUAAGACCGGCCGGGUUGUGGGAACGCAUGGAUACAUGUCGCCAGAAUAUGUGGUCGACGGCUUGUUCUCCUUAAAAUCAGAUGUGUUUAGUUUCGGUGUCUUAGUGCUAGAAAUUGUGAGUGGAAGGAAAAACUGGGGAUUUUCCCAUAGUGAUCACCACCUCAACCUUCUUGGACAUGCAUGGAUACUUUACAAAGAAGGAAGGUCACAGGAACUAGUCGACCCGUGUCCAGAUGAUUCACAAUACUUGAACGAAGUGCUAAGAUCAAUUCAUGUGGGUUUGCUAUGCGUGCAAAAAUAUCCAGCGGAUAGGCCAAGCAUGUCUACAGUUAUUUUUAUGUUGGGAAAUGAAGGUGUGUUGCCUGAAGCUAAACAGCCUGGUUUUUUCACAGAAAGAGAUGUAUUUCCAGCGGAAAGUUCAAUUAGCACAAAUGCAGCCAGGUCAUCAUGCGAAAUGACCAUUACUCUGCCAGAAUGCAGAUAG